AUGGAGUUGGGUGAUUACGUUGGUGUGGAGAGCUGUUUUGACCCAGUUAUGGAGUGGGGAAUGAGUCGCCGAGUUCGUGGCGAGGGGAAGAAGGAGAAGGGAGCGAUGAAAGCGAAGGAGUUUCCGCCGCCGAUACCUUGGCUAGCCAGGACGGGGAACUCGCGGGUUUCCAGAAUGCCGUGGGUUUUGAAGCGGUGUUAUACGGAGGACGGAAGGCUGAUCAUUACUGCAGAGAAAACCGAGCGGCACGAGUACUUUGAGGCGCACCGCUCCGACGGUCGCCUCCGCCUCCGCCUAGUACCGCUGGACGUCCUCUUCGUCGGAGAACCAGAUGAGAGCGCGGAGGAGGAGGAGGAGGAAGAAGAAAUGCACGGUGGCGAUCAUCAUCAAAUCGAUGGUGCAGUUUGUGACGGCAGCGAUGAUCCGAUCGCCGCUGUAUUGGAGGAUCCUCGAUCGGCUAUGGCGAUCGGCGGCUCGCUGAUAACUGACCCCUGCAGCGGCGGCGGCGGCGGCGGGAACAAGUGUUCAAAUUCAUUUAUUUUUGGCGUGGCGGUGACCGCUAUCCCUCCAAUCCAUACCUAA